AUGAGCCUGGAUUCGCUGUUCCAGCAAAUCCUCCUCACGGAGCAGCAAGCGGAGGAGAAGCGGCGCCUCAUGCACCAAGUUAAAUUAGACAUAAACAGAAGUCAUGAAAAAAUUAAGCAAACAACAGAAGAACUGAAUGAAGCAAAAAUAAAAUUAGAAACUAAGGUUCAACAGCUGUCUGAAAAGCUCUUCUACUUACAACUUUUGAAGAAACGUGAAGACAUCUUAGAGAAAAAGAAAGUUGAACUUAUGAAUCAAAGGAGUAUUUUUCUCAAAAUCUUUUCAGAUACAAAGAGGAAAAUGAUUGAAGAAGAGGAGAAUUUUAUUAAGGAAAUCACAGAUUUUAACAAUGAGUAUGGACUAACAUGUAACAGAGAGCUUUUGAUUAGGAAAAAAGUCAAGACUGAAAUGUGUGACUUAGAAACUAAGGCAAAUAUUUUGAAAAACGAAAUGGAGUCAAUGGAACAUGAAAAUGUUCAGUUAAAUGCACUCCAGCUGCAGAAGAAUGAAUUAAAGCAGGAUUUAUUUACUCUCCAGAGCAAACUCAAAGAUACCAAAGAACAACUACAUGAAGCUGAAGACAUUACAAAAUGUUUAGAAGCAGAAAAAGUCAAAGUUAGUGAAAAGCCUCAGACUGACAUUGAAUGUUUAAGAAUAAAAAAAGAACUGGAAAUUUACAAAGAAGAUGACUUGGAAAAUGUUUGUGAAGCUCUUCAAACAGAAAUUGAAUUUCUGCAGAUGAAAUUAUCACAAAAGUCUUCAGGCAAAUAA